UUAAGAGAAGAAGAUGGCAAAGGCUUCGCUAUUAAUAAUGGUGGUGGCUCUCGGCUGGCUGGUUGCUAGCACGGCAGCUUUUACCAUCUGCAGUAUGGAGGCGGGGGAGUUCUACGGGUGCCUUCCGGCCAUCAGGGGUCCGUCGCCGUCGCCCCCGAGCUCUGAUUGCUGCAAUGCGAUCAAGAGGGCGGACUUGAACUGCCUGUGCAGCUACAAGGACUCUGCACUUCUCCCUUCCUUCGGCGUCGACCCCAAGCUGGCCAUGGCCCUCCCUCGCAAGUGCAACCUUGUUCCUCCUCCUGCCUGCCAAGGUUACGCCCCUGCCAGCACCCCAGAGCCUUCCAGCUAGAGAGAUCAGUGAGAGUGCAGCGUCUUUAAUCAAUGUAUUUUGUUUACUCAUGAGAGUUGUCCUGAGCAAAAGCGUAGAGUGUAGUAGGAAGAGACAUAGCAAAGAUAGGAGCGUGGUAGUAAGAAAGAUAGGAUAUGGUAUGUAAGAGGACUGCAUCUUCAUGCAUUCCUCAUGUUUUGUACUUCCAACAUGCUAAGGGCGAGGAA